AUGUGCAAGCCACCGCUGCUCGACCGGGACAACCAGGCUCCCGCUGACGAGGCUGACGAGCCAGAGGACCUCCAGACCGCCUCGGAGGACUCGGCUCUGAAGCACCGGCUCGACCUCCAGACGGGCGAAGACGGGCUCUCUGAGGAGGAGGCGGCGCGCAGGCUGCUGCAGCAUGGGCGGAACGAGCUGCCGGACCUGCGCACGCCCAAGUGGCGUAUAUUCCUAGAGCCCAGAGACACCGCGCAUACUCUGCGCGCCGCGCAGGAGUGGCCCGACAUGAGCACCCUCACCGCGCUGCUCCUCCUCAACGGCUUCGUCGGCUUCUUCGAGGACAUGCGCGCCGGCGACGCCGUCGCCGCCCUCAAGGCGUCUCUCAAGCCCGAGGCGCAGGUCAAGCGGGCAGGCGCGUGGCGCAAGGCAGACGCCUCCCAACUCGUCCCGGGAGACCGUGUCGCCCUCGCCGCCGGCGCAAACGUGCCCGCCGACAUCCUCUUGGGUCGCGGGAUGCAGGUCCAGGUCGACCAGGCGGCGCUGACUGGCGAGUCGCUCCCUGUCUCCCUCGGCGAGGGAAGCCUGGUCAAGAUGGGCUCGACGAUCGUGUCUGGCGAGACGGAGGGGCUGGUGGCGCACACGGGCGUAAACACAUUCUUCGGCAAGACGGCGGCGCUGAUCGGGUCGACGCACGACGUGGGCAACUUCCAAAAGGUGAUCCUGCGCAUCACGCGCGCGCUCCUCCUCUUCUCCUCCCUCCUCGUCACCGCCGCCGUCACCUACCUCUCCCUCACCUUCGACGGAGAGGGCUACGGGGUCUGGCCCGCCGUCUCGUUCGGCGCCGUGCUGCUCGUCGCCUCCAUCCCCAUCGCGAUGCAGGUGGUCUGCACGGCGACGAUGGCACUCGGCUCGCGCCUCCUCGCCGCGAAGAAGGCGAUCGUCGCGCGGCUCGCGUCGAUCGAGCAGCUCGCCGGAAUGACCGUCCUCUGCUCCGACAAGACGGGAACACUCACCCUCAACAAGAUGGUGCUGCAGGAGGUGCUCUCGUACGCAAAGGGCGCAGACGACGCGGCCAUCCUCGCCCUCGCCGCCCUCGCCACCCGCUGGAAGGAGCCUCCCAAGGACGCGCUCGACACGCUCGUCCUCAGAGCAGAGUGCCUCGACCGCGCGAGCCUCGACAGGCACGAGCAGCUCGACUUCACCCCGUUCGACCCGAAGCUGCGCCGCACCGAGGCGACGCUGCGCGGCCCGGACGGUGGCGUCUUCGACGUCGUCAAGGGGGCGCCCGACGUGGUCCUCCGGCUGUGCGACGAAGCCAACCGCUCCUCCAUCGGCGCCGUCUUCGCCGCGAAGGUGGAGGAGCUGGCGCAGCGCGGCAUCCGCGCGCUCGCCGUCGCGAGGAGGCCCGAGGGUGGCGGGAUGGAGAUGGUCGGGAUGCUCACCUUCCUCGACCCGCCGAGGCCAGACACGAAGCGGACGAUCGAGCGCGCGAUGCAGCAGGGCGUCGUCGUCAAAAUGAUUACUGGCGACCACGGUGCCAUCGCGCGCGAGACGGCGCGCUCCCUCGGCAUGGGCGACGAGAUUGGCGCGUCGGACAGCCUGCCGACCAUCUUGCCGGGCGAGGAGGUGCCACGCACGCUCGGCCGCGACUACGGCGCGAUGAUCGAAAAGAGCGACGGGUUCGCGCAGGUCUUCCCCGAGCACAAGUUCCUCAUCGUCGAGGCGCUGCGCCAGCGCGGCCACUCGGUGGGUAUGACUGGCGACGGCGUCAACGACGCGCCCGCCCUCAAGAAGGCCGACGUGGGCAUCGCGGUGGAGGGCGCGACCGACGCGGCGCGCGCGGCGUCC